CAGAAAGAACAGUAAAAAUGUAGGCAGGGCACAGGACAAAAUGUAUGUGAAAUGCUUUGAUACAUGAAUGUCACUUUUUGUCAUUUUCAAAUUUCCCGCCGUUCCGUCCCCUGUAUGUCCUGACGCUUGCAGGAGACGAAACCCAGAUGACAGAUGCCGGCAUCUGCCGGAUUACAUUGCCAGGGGACACUGCAGGGGGGGCAUUGUGGGGAGCGCAGGACAAGGUAAGAGAAGAACAGAUCCCGGAGAAGCGCUGCAUGGUAAGCCCAAGUGUAGCUCGGGUUUACUGCUUGUGGUACUGAAA